AGUGUCAACCAAUCAAAUUAGCCGCUUGCUGUCUUUUUCCCUUCCGACAGUCGGAAACAUGGCGUUGCGGGAGCUAUCGUCUCUGGAGAAAUAUUUGGGACUAAAAAAGGCGAACAAGUACAGCACGCAAGGGGAUAGAAAGGUACCCGUGCUGCAGAAUAAUAAUGGCCCCCCGCUGGUGGGACAGGUGACCAUCGCCUGUCACCUGGUCAAAGAGGCCAAACGCCCGGAGCUGCUGGGUGACUCCGCAGAGAGCAGGGCGGUGGUGCAGCAGUGGCUGGAGUACAGGGUGACCAAGCUCAACGGCUGCACAAAGGAAGACAUCAAGACCAUCCUGAAGGACCUCAACCUCUACCUGCAAGACAAGGUCUACCUGACUGGGAAUCAUUUCACAUUAGCCGAUGCUUUUAUGUACUAUGGAAUUCAUCCACUCAUAGUAGACUUGGUCAUCCAGGAGAAGGAGCAGUACGUGAAUGUAACGCGGUGGUUCGACCACAUCCAGCACUACCCCGGCGUCCGACACCACCUCCCUCCAGUAGUUGUGCUCAAGAACAGAAUUUACACCAGCAGACACCACUGAGACCUGACAGCCCCUUGAAAAAAGCAAAACAAGACAAAAAACAACUACCCUGCCUGACUAGACUACACGUGUCUUUUAAUCCAAGAGAGUAACGUCACCGUCAAGUUAUUUCUGUUUGGAUCAUGAUCCUGCCUUGAUGUUUUUUUGUUUCACGUGUUUUUUUUUGUUUUUUUUGGUCGCAUACCUGAACUCUAACCCAGAGCUACAGUGAAGAACAAAACAUUGUCUUAUGAGCGUACAAAGUAUUAGGCUUAUUUAAUAUUAAUACAAAUCUAGUUCAGUCCAUAUUCUUAAAGAAAAUGGUGUUUUUAAUAAUUACGUUGCUUUAUAACCUGACUAAAUCAAUCUUUCAGUCAUGAAAACUACAUCAGAAGUCUGCUGCCUCAACUUUUAUUUAUUGACAAGGAAGCAUUGCUCUGGACGGCUACAUUAGUGUUUUAUGUUUUUUGUUGGAAAAAGUGUUGGAAUAAUCUCCAGAAGUCUAGUAUGUGUUUACAAAGGGAAGGCAUCUGAGGUGCUGCUGUCUUAAUAAAAUGUGUUUCUAUUUA